UCCACCCAGCGCCAAGAAAAGCCAGCCCUCUUCCCAUAAACGCACACCCAGACGCAUUAUUCCCUUCCCCUCUCCUCCCUUGGGAAACCUUUUGAGCUUUCUUCUUCCAGCUCCCCUGCCCAGAUCUCCUCCUGACCUUCUUUGGCACGUUCGGCGCCAUCUAUCUCGCCUUCCUGGCCGACCGGAGAUCCUGCCGUCGUCCUUGCUAGCUCCUUGAGGGUCGUCUCCGUAUCCAUUUCCAGCGUGUGAGGGGAGAGGGGAGGUUGAGAGAGAGAGAGAGAGAGAGAGAGAGAGAGAGAGAGAGAGAGAGAGAGAGAGAGAGAGAUGGGGAGGGGAAAGAUUGUGAUCCGCAGGAUUGAUAACUCCACGAGCCGGCAGGUGACCUUCUCCAAGCGCCGGAACGGGAUCUUCAAGAAGGCCAAGGAGCUCGCUAUCCUCUGCGACGCCGAGGUCGGCCUCAUGAUUUUCUCCAGCACCGGCCGCCUCUAUGAGUACUCUAGCACCAGCAUGAAAUCAGUGAUAGAUCGGUAUGGCAAGGCCAAGGAAGAGCAGCAGGUCGCCGCAAAUCCCAACUCGGAGCUUAAGUUUUGGCAAAGGGAGGCAGCAAGCUUGAGACAACAACUGCACAACUUGCAAGAAAAUCAUAGGCAGUUGACGGGAGAGGAUCUUUCUGGGCUUAAUGUUAAGGAACUGCAGUCCCUAGAGAAUCAGUUGGAAACAAGCCUGCGUGGGGUUCGCUCAAAGAAGGACCAUCUCUUGAUCGAUGAAAUUCACGAAUUGAAUCGGAAGGCAAGUCUAUUUCACCAAGAAAACAUGGACUUGUACAAUAAGAUCAAUCAGAUUCGUCAAGAAAGUGCCGAGUUAUAUAAGAAGAUCUAUCAGACCGAAGGGCCAAGCGAAGUUAAUCGGGAAUCACCGACUCCAUACAACUUUGCAGUAGUAGAAAACACAGAUGUUCCUGUGCAACUUGGACUCAACACGCUGCCACAACAGAACAGCAUCGAGCCAUCGAAUGUUCCUAAGCUAGGAUUGCAAUUAAAUCCAUGAAGCAGAGUCAAAUCACCAUUCCUAUUGUGCUGAAGGGAUACUAUUCAUUGUAAAGAGAUGAUACUCAGCAAGACAAACAAAGUAUUUAUGGCAGAGAGAUUUGAGAUAUGAAUUUGUAAAUGCACUACAAAUAAAUUCCAGACUGGAAUUGAGCUGUGGAAUUCAGUGGAUGAUUGUUUGCUAUCUGCAUUUGAUGUUUGAUGA